UCUCUCUCUCUCUCUCUCUCCUUCAGUUUCUCUCACUCGCACCUCUUUCUCUCCCCCUCUUCCAUUGAUGCCAACUCUGUUGUCAGCUUCUCGCUCAGAACCAUUUCCAUUCCCUGACAUGAUGGGUGAAGAGCAGCCGUCUCCGUUCAAGGAAAUUAUCAAACAGCUUGCUGCUCAAGCUCCCAAACCUUACGGCGCCAUCCCGCCGCUGUUAAAGAAGCGCAGGAAAAAAAGCAGUGGACGCCAUGAGAGAGAAUUGGGAACUCAAAAGACAUCACAGCAGCGACGUCAAGAACGACAACGACGACAACAACAAGCGGAGGAAAAGGAACAGCCACAACCCCAACAGAAAUCUUCCGCCACACCCGAUCCCGAACAACAAAAGCCUAUGCGGCGAAUGUCCCAUGUGGAAGACUGGAUUGUCGUCGAUAGUAAAGAGUCUCUGCCAGACGACGAAGAAGUGGAAGACAAAGGUCGCUUCAAGUCGUUCCUGUAUGCGGACUUUUUCACGCAGGUCCUGCCAUUACAUAUGCCGCCUCCUUCACUCAGUGCUCCACCCAGCGAGCCCAUACCCAUUCCUGGGCGUCCGACGCUCGACGGUGUCCAAACAAUGGACGAAGCAGAUGACGAAGAGCUAGAAGAAGAAGAGGACGAUGAAGACGAAGAAGAAGACGGAAUCAUGUCGCGUCCACACCAUCAUCGUCCACAUCACAACCGCCACCACCACCACCAUCAUCAUCAUAGACGAAAGGGGCGGAUGCAUCCUCACUGGAAGAGUGAUGGAGAAGAAGAAGAAGAAGAAGAAGAAGACGACGACGAGGAUGAUCUGGAUGACGAGCUUAGUGUCAAAAGCGCAGUACUGACAGAAAGUGAAAAGUCAUUAGUGCGUCGACACUCCAUUUCCUCGUUUUCCAAGGCCCAAACGCCGUCUACGUUGACAACCCCAUCGUAUGCCAUGUCAUCGUCGCCGCCACAGCAGUCAGAUAUGCAUCAGGUGCGAUGGGUCCAAACGAUCGCACAACUCCGGCGGUCACUGGUUCUGUCAUCGUCAGUGUCCUCGCCUUCGCAGCAGCAGCAGCAGCAAUCGCCGCCGUCGUCGGUCGUGUCAUCCUCCUCAUCACCCGCCACGCCUUAUAAACCCAUCAAACCGAGCAAGAAAGACGGGUUUAUCCCGAUGCCCCCUGCUCCCCGUCGGCCGGCUUCACAGCGGCGACGUUCCGAGGCUACGACGCAGCCACGAUUCAAUCCAGACACCAACACCUACACCCGAGAUACCCGAUCCAACCCAGAUCAUUUACGAAUCAUUUCAUCCGAACUCAACAUGAUCCGUGCUCGCAAACUACUCAGUCCUCUCAAGCCAAGAGGCUUCUUGCCCCGACGCAAGGAUCCUUUUGUCCGUGGCGACCGGCGACGCGAAUCCAACUUGCGGUGCGAACUGGUAUAAACUCUUUUUUUUUUUUUUGUUUAUCUGCAGUUUUGUUUCUUGUAUAUCUAUCACCAUUACACUUUCUUCUUGUAUUCUCUAUCGUCUCAGUGCUUGUACGAGGUGAUCUAUACACUUUUCUCUCUCUCUCUCUCUAAUUCGCAGUUGAUGACGAUGACGAUGAUCAACAAGCAAGAGGAAAACUCUUUGUAACUAUUUCUUUUUACCCAUGUCUACAAGCAAACCCCCAUAUCCAAUCCUCUCAUUAUCAUCACACGUAUAAAUCACCAGUUACCACCAAUACCCCUGUCUCCCUUUCUUUUCCUCUUCCGCAACCCAUCCCUCCUCCCCUUCCCUCCCCGCUUCCGAAUGUGUGUGUGUGUGUGUGUGUGUGUCUCAGCAUUAUAUAUAUGUCAUGAGCCAAAAUAUCAUGGAAUUGUGUGGCAUUGUAUGUGGACAACA